AUGUCCCUCAUAGUUCUGGGGCUUAGGAUGAAGUACAUGGCCAUUAUCCAUGCUGUAAUUGACAAUAUCACAAGAAACACGAAGCCGCUUUCUAAUGGAAUGGUACUUAUCAUCCAACAGAUCAAGAUGGCAUUCACAAGAAGACUGGAGCUCGACGUGUAUCCAUGCUCAAUUGCCCAUCGAGCACUUUCUGUGAACAAAGUAGUGACUUGA